AUGGAAGAGCAUCUCUCGCCGUCUGCGCGUUUGGUUCGAAGCCCGGGAAACCCAACGCGGAUUCACAGUAUUGAGGCAAUUUUGGGAUUUAAAGAAGAGAACAUGUUCCUCCCGGCUUUCAGCUACGGAUCAGGGAGGGCCGUUAAAGGCACUGAUCGCAGAGGUAACGGCAUGGCCUCACCUCUCAAAAAAGAUAACAACCCGCAGAGUUUUGAAAGUGUCUGUUGCGCUAGUGGGGCUGCGACUUCUGUUAGUCCACAUUCUCCCGAAGGAGACUGUAAAUUAUCCGAUGAGGAGAAUCCCAAGAAAAAACAUCGACGGAACAGAACAACGUUCACCACCUUUCAGCUCCACGAACUCGAAAGAGCUUUCGAAAAGUCGCAUUACCCUGAUGUGUACAGCAGAGAGGAGCUCGCGCUCAAAGUGAACCUGCCGGAGGUGCGAGUGCAGGUUUGGUUCCAGAAUCGGCGGGCAAAAUGGAGAAGACAGGAGAAGUUGGAGGUGAGCUCUAUUAAACUCCAGGACUCCUCCAUGCUGUCAUUUAGCCGUUCUCCUCCUCCUCCUCUGGGUAGCAGUCUGUCUCUGGAGCCCUGGCUCACCAACCCCAUCACCUCCUCCACCUCUCUCCAGGCCCUGCCUGGCUUCAUUGGCUCAACCCAAGGAAGUUACAACCCUCCAUCUUUCUUCAGUUCCCCUUCUCUUAACCAUAGUGUGUCCCACAUUGGAGCUGUAUGUCCCCAGAACACCUACCAGUGCUCUGGCUUCAUGGACAAGAUCUCUCUGGAGGAGUCAGAUCCACGUAACUCCAGUAUUGCCUCUUUGCGGAUGAGAGCUAUGGAGCAUAUUCAGUCCAUUGGUAAGACAUGGUAA